UGCGCUUUUAACCUCAAUCUUUUGGUUCGAGCUGAGGAUUGUUUAUGGUACGUACGCCAAGAUACCCCGGAGUAUAAUGAGUAUAAUGAGGCUCUUAAUUAAAAAAUCAGCUGUUGAUGUUUGACAUUUAACCGCAACAAAUAUCUUGAGCCAUGAAAACAGAAAAAAGUAAGGCCAACGAGUCGAGUUGUAUUUCGAGCACCGUCGUCAAGGAGGAGCCUGACGGUGAUGCGGUUAAGAUCAAAGAGGAAGCGCCUGGUGGAAACCACGACGACGUCCCCGUCAACGAUGACACCACCGAGUGUCCUCGUGACCCGGGGCUGGACCCAGCCAAUGGGGAUAAUAAUAUGCCCGCGGAUGCUCAAAACGGCAACGGAGGACAGUCUAUGAUCGGGCUGGUCAAGCAGGAAAGUGAUCAUAAUCCCAGUGAUGAUAUUUCCAGUGAUGGUAUCCAACCGUUGGUUAGCAAUGUACUUGCUAAACAAAUGGGCAGUGGAACUGGUGGUGAGGCCCAGUAUAUGCAGCAGCAAAGCCAAAUAUUUGUUUUUUCGACGAUAUUAGCGAAUAAAGGCGCUGAAGCUGUUUUACAAGGACAAUUUCCCUCUAUUAUUGCUUAUCAUUGUUCUCAAACUUCAACUAAAAAAUUUCUCGAGAGACAUCCAAAUAAAGUAGCCCAGUUUCGGCAAAAUCCUGCCCAAUGGUUAAACAAUUUGGCGGUAAUGAAGCAAAAGAGUGGUGGUGGUCACCCGCCACCACCAAACAGCGGCUUUCCGACGGAACAACCGCCAGAUUUGCCAGUCCUCGACCCUAACGCUCCGUCGUUUUGGAAUGACCAGUCCAAUUUAAGAAGCCUGAAUGGUAGCAAUACCAUGGGUAACCCCGAGUCUUCGUUGGACGAUACAAAUUUAGACGUGCCUUGCCUUGUGCCGAAUUCCCCAGGAAAUCCGGCGAAUAAUCAAAAUCCUAAUACGACGAUAGGUCCUAACUCACUACUGGGUGGAUCAACAAGUCCAGGUCCAGGCGGACUACAGCCGUCGUUACAAGGUGUAAAGGUUCCUGACGAAAAUUUAACGCCACAGCAAAGACAGCACCGAGAAAAUUCCCUCGCGACGAUAAGGAAAAUGCAGAUGAUGUUUUUUGCUGAGCAACAAAAAGACGAUCCGAAUGCCCAGAUGGAUCCAUCACAACCGGGACUGCCGAUGCCUCCUGGGGGCAUUCCUGGAAAUAUGCCGCCUGUUAGUACAUCCGGAGGUCCCGGUCCAAAUAACAUUGACUGGAACGUAAAUAAAUUCCAGCAGUCAUUUUUAGACGGAAAAAAUAAAAGUGGAAUAGGAAGUCCUGGAUCAGUAUCACUGCGUGGAUCGGGUAUGAUGGCCGGUAUGCCGCGGAGUCAAGGACCUCCGCCGCCUUACCACCAGACAACGCGGUCAGCCAGUGUGCCAAUCGCGACCCAAAGUCCAAACCCGUCCUCGCCGAACAAUCCGACGAGUAACCUGUCGUUGCCAUCACCGCGAGCGAACUCAGCGCUCAACUCUCCUGCUGACUGCAAUCGGCAGUUUCAGCUGACGUCUCAGCGGCCCGGACACUUGCCAGGGCAGAGUCCGACUAGUCAGGAUUCGCCAAACCCCGGUUCGCAGUCCGCUACGUCUACCACGAGAUUAAAUCAUAGUAAUCCUGGGACUCCGGUUUCACACUCACAUUUAACCUCACUCAGUCCCAGUAAUACACCACAAAAAGAGUCUUCUCUUGAAUUUCCUUCUAAUCAAUCCAAUGUGGAUAAUAUGUUUGGCCGGACGCUGCAAACACUAGCUCAACAGAAGCAACAGCACGGUGGUAUGGUGAAUGCAGCUGGCGUUAAAGAAGCAAGCUUGAUGCCUGUACCAAGUCCUCAGCAGAUAACAUAUAUUAAUUCAUUUGAGGGACAAGAACUCACCAUCCAAAAACAGCCUAAUACUAGUUUAAAGGACGGUAAUCUUCAAAAUAACAACAACGUCAACAACACAGACAUGUCUGGAAGACUAGUAUCCGGUAAUAUGGACAACAAUAACCAGUAUCCAGCAAGAUCCGAGGGUUCAAGUCCGUCGAUGGACAGCAUGAACCGCGGGUUCGGUGCUUCCUUACACAGUCCUCACACGCCACACACGCCUCACACUCCAGGUAACGGCGCGCCUCAGACUCCAGUGGACGUGAAACCCAACAAAUCUUCCGCUAGCGCACAAAGCAGUCCAGUGCCGAUGAACCCCAUGUCAGACAGCAUGGGACCUCCAAGAACGGUACCUGCCUCGCCUAAUACUAAGCCUGAAACAUCACCGCCUUCUUCCAAGGAGCUUCAGCCGCCUCCGCAGCAGUCGCAGCCUCAAGUAGUACAACCACCGCCGCAGCAGCAACAGCAGCAGCAGCAGCAACAACAACAACAGCAGCAGCAGCAACAACAACAACAACAACAGCAGCAACAACAACAACAACAACAACAACAACAGCAGCAACAACAACAACAACAACAACAACAACAACAACAACAACAGCAGCAGCAAAUGCCGCCCCAACAAAUGCAACAGCCUCCAACGCAGCAGCAGCCUCCAGGACUAAACCAACAAAACAACCCAACGAAUAACUCCGGGCCACCAAUGGGCAACCAGAUGGGCCACUUUCCCUGUAGUAGAGCCAACCAGCCAGACAAUCAACCUCUCGAUCCAAACAACAUGAGAGGCCGUCUCGGUGGUAUGUCUAUGAACCACAGUGGUCCAUUCAUGAACAUGGGAGGUGAUCCUAUCACCUCGCUAGCACAAAUGAGCCAACAGCUGUCCAACACCGUGGCGAGCAACGCAGUGGGCAACGACGGCGGGCCAAUGCAUUCCGGCAACCCCGGUAUGAUGCCUUUCAACAAUCCGCACAACAUGCACAUGAUGCAAAUGAGCGGCGGAGAAAUGAACGGGGGCUGUCAUAUGGGUGGCGGAGUAAAUGAACCCAACGACGUCAGUGGAAUGUGUAUGGGCCUAGGAGGACCUCCCGGAGGGAGCUACAGUCCGACAACAUCUCACACAGGGAGUCCAGUUGGGCCUAACAAAAUAUCUCACUCCAUGAUGAGUCACGGUGGAAUGAUGGGACACAAUGGUCCUCCAGGUCCUGGAGGUGGUGGGUACGGGGGCGAUCACGCGCCACCUCCCAGACUGAUGGGACAGCACAUGGGUGGGCCCAGUCCCUACAAUGGAGCUAACAUCCAGGUGAAACCCAGCGCUCCAAACACAAUACAGUACUUACCCGCGAGGCCGAACGUCGGGCAUCCUCCCCGUGGGCCGCCGAGUCUUGACUUUCUUCCGCGUUUUGGCAAUUCCAUUAGCAACAUGGAGAACAAAAUGCAGCAGUCGCCGUCUGUUAAUCUACAGUACUUCCCGAACGGCUGCAUGCCCAACAACAUGGGUGGAGGACCGCCGCAACCUCCUCAGCACUCUGUAGGCAUGCCACCGGGCAAUAUGGGCGGUGGGCUUCCUGGUAUGGGACCUGGUGGAGGUUUAGGCCCUCCAAGAAUGGACGGUAGCCAGCAAAUGAAUCCCAACAUGCAUCCGUCUAUGAGGCCGUCCGUCGGCAAUAUGCGUCCUCAGCCGAACAUGAUGCGCAUGCAGCAGCACAUGGUUGGUGGUGGUGUCUUCCCCGGCAGUCCGAUGGAUCCUGACAAAGUCUUCCCGCCGGAUAUGGUGCCGCAGAAUCAGGUUCCUAAUCAGAAUCCCGGGAUGUAUGGACCUGCUGGCAAAGGUCCUAUGGGAUUAGGACCUCCUCCAGACGCCUCCCAACCGCUUCCUCCCAGCAUGGGUGGCGGAACGGGGAACUUCAAGAACAGCCCUUUCGUCGGCGGUGGACCCACUAUGAACGAUCCUAAUUACGCCCAACAAUUUCAUAACUUCCAGCAGCAAUUGUACGCGACUGGAACGAGAGGCAGUGGCCCGCCUCAUCCCAGUCUUCAUCCACCGCCAAACUCCCACGCGCAUCAACAGUUCUUCAUGCCUAAAUAAAAUAUACAGGACUACUUGUGCUGGUAAAAAAAAAAUAAUAAUAAUAAUAAAUAAAUUUAAAUGCCGAUCGUUCAAGAACUGAUUUAAAUACUAAAUAUUAAAUAUGAAUGAUGAGCGAGCGUGUGAACGAAUCGGGCCUUUUUUUUAUUAUCGAUAGAAGUAAUUAAAUUAAUAAUAAAAGUAU